AUGUCGUCCACCCCGAUGGACAUCGACCGCCCUGCAUCUUCCACGCCGACGCUCAACAUCCACAGAACAAUUGGUUCGAAUAGUGGGAGCGCCACGUCAAACCUGAGCGAUGUCAUAUCUACAUUUCGCCCGACCAAGUUAUUCAAACGCGACGACGCCAGAGACGGGCGACAACACCCUCACAUCCAAUCACUCGACUACGAUGAUGAUGGAGAGCUAGUUCUUGCUUCGUACAGUGACGAGACGAUCCAAAUAUACAGCGUGAAAGAAGGACGUCAUGACAAGAGUGCUCUGAGUAAAAAGUAUGGCGUGAAGCUCGCCAAAUUCACACACACAAACUCGAGUAUAAUCUACGCGAGUACAAAGCAGAACAAUGCGAUCCGCUACCUCGCUACACAUGACAACUCAUUCAUUCGCUAUUUUGAAGGUCACGAAGGCGAUGUGACCUGUCUCAGCGUCCAUCCAGGCAGCGACACAUUCAUAUCCUGCUCUCAGGAUAAUACAGUUCGGAUAUGGGAUACGCAGUCGAAACACUGGCAAGGGCAGCUCAACCUGAAGUUACCCACGCUCGCCGCCUAUGACCCCUCGGGGUCCGUAUUUGCUGUAGCCUGCCCCAGUGCUGGGUCGAUAUUACUCUACGAUGCUCGCAAUUAUGACAAGGCUCCAUUCAGUACAAUAGACAUUGUUGAGCAGGGACGGAAAGUUGAUACCCAAUCUCUUGUCAAGGGCUGGACCAAGCUGGAGUUUUCUAAUGAUGGCAAAUCACUGUUGCUUGGCACUAGGGGUGGUGGCCACUUUUUGCUAGAUGCGUUCGAGGGAACUCUGAAAGCCUAUCUUUACAAGCCAUCUGGUGGUACUCGCCGAUUGGCGCCAGGCGAGACCGGCACUGCUAAUGGCAUCGGAGCAGACAGCGCGCCUAUGGACAGCAGCGGUGAGUGCUGCUUUACGCCUGAUGGGCGGUAUGUUAUCAGCGGAACCAAGAAGGACGUUCUCGUGUGGGACACACGAAGUACACCAGGCGAAAACAAGGUCCUUGAACCAACUUGGACACUGCCCGAUAAGAGAGAGGCUGCUGUGUUAGCAUUCAAUCCCCGAUUUAAUUUCUUUGCGACUGGAGACCAGGAGCUGGUAUUUUGGCUUCCUGAUCCCCAUAGCUAA